GGUAGAGGAUGUUAAGAUUAUGUAGCUCUGAUCUUGUUUCUCUUUGUACUUCCGUAACAUCAUAAUCACUUUGUUUAACAACUUCAAUUUACUGUAAGUUCUAUUUGUGGUGUUUCUCUCAUUUUUCAACUAGCUACAUUUCCUGUUAUAGUUUCCUGCUUUUUCUUUUAGAUUUUGUUAUGUGCACUCACCAAUGCUUUUCCUCGUGAAUGCGAUUGAUGUCAUUGCAGCUUCACCUUUGACAUGUUUGAAGGAUCACCCUGGAAAUGGUGAAAAACUCACCGUAUCCCUGAGUGGUACAUUUUCUUUUUCUUUUUGGAUGGAGUUGUCGGCUGCAACAACCAAUACACUUGGUUGUAUAUUGCUCUUAGACACUCAAGUCACUUCUUGUGGUGCUACUGUGAAAGUCAGUAGAGAUUGCCCAUGUCAAGUUCCUCUUACUAUUAGCCAACAGAGUGACCAUUGCCUCUAUCUAGCUAGUCAUGCACGGAUGCAUCUUGGAAAGGAAUUCUUGAGGUUUGACGCCACGAAUCGCACAACUCUAAGUGGGUUCCACCCAGUUGUGCAUUUCAUUUGGUAACCAAUGUCUUUUUGCCCACAUGAGACCGUCUGGUUGUACCUAGCUAGAAAUUAAAAUCAAUGUAAUGCUAAAGCUACUUGUGACAACUAAUAGUUGUUUAUAAUCCAAUCUUUUGUGGGAACCAUAAUUAACAAAAAUCAGCAUGAGAAACCUCUAAUGAAUGUGAUGGAAAAGGAUUCUUAUGAUUUAUAAACAUUUUAUUGGUUA